UCUAACUUAAACUCUUUGAAAACAUUGAAGAAAAUGGAACACUACCUAAAACAUUUUAUGAAGCUAACAUCAAUCUAAUACCAAAACUCGGCAAAGAGUCCCAACCCUCUAGCUCUCACCACUCGCAAGCAGGCCUUGCAGCUAAUGAACCAGAACCUCGACAUCUAUGAAGAGCAAGUGAUGAAUGCAGCCCAAAAGGGUGUACAGAUUAUAGUGUUUCCAGAAGAUGGCAUCCAUGGAUUCAACUUUACAAGAACAUCCAUUUACCCAUUUUUGGACUUCAUGCCCUCUCCCCAGUUGGUGAGGUGGAACCCAUGCCUCGAGUGCCAUCGUUUCAAUGACACAGAGGUCCUCCAGCACCUGAGUUGUAUGGCCAUCAGGGGAGAGAUGUUCCUGGUGGCCAAUCUCGGAACAAAGCAGCCUUGUUACAGCAGUGACCCAGGGUGCCCUAAUGAUGGGAGAUACCAGUUUAAUAUCAAUGUCAUGUUCAGUGAUAAUGGAAUCCUUGUUGACUGCUACCACAAGCACAACCUCUACUUUGAGGCAUCUUUUGAUACCCCUCUCAAAGUGGAUCACAUCAUCUUCGAUACCCCCUUUGCUGGCAAGUUUGGUGUCUUCACUUGCUUUGACAUAUUGUUCUUUGACCCUACCAUCAGACUCGUCAGAGACUCUGAGGUGAAGCACAUGGUGUUUCCAGCUGCCUGGAUGAACCAGCUCCUGCUCUUGGCAGCUAUUCAGAUUCAAUAAGCUUUUGCUGUUGCCUUUGGCAUCAAUGUGCUGGCAGCCAACAUCCACCACUCAUCUCUGGGGAUGACAGGGAGUGGCACACACACCCCUCUGAAGUCCUUUUGGUACCAUGAUAUAGAAAACCCCAAAGGUCACCUCAUAAUUGCCCAGAUAGCCAAAAAUCCACUAGGUCUCAUUGCUACAGAGAAUGCAACAGGUAGAAUUAAUCCAUCCCAUAGUAAGUUUUUAAAAAUCUUGGCAGGUGAUCCAUGCUGUGAGAAGGAUGCUCAGGAAGUCCAUUGUGAAGAAGCCACCAAAUGGAACAUGGACACACUUCCCACAUUUUACUCUGAGAUGAUGUAUGACAAUUUCACCCUGGUCCCUGUUUGGGGAAAGGAAGGCUUUCUCCACAUGUGUGCAAAAGACCUCUGCUGUUAUUUACUUUACCAGAGGCCUGAAAUGUCCAAAGAGCUCUAUGCCCUGGGCAUCUUUGAUGGCCUUCACACGGUGCAUGGCACUUACUACAUUCAAGUUCGUGCCCUGGUCAAGUGUGGGGGUCUUGGCUUUGACACCUGUAGGCAAGAGAUCUCAGAAGCCACGGGAAUAUUUGACUUUCAUCUGUGGGGGAACUUCAGUACUUCCUAUAUCUUUCCUCUGCUCCUAACUUCAGGGAUGACCCUUGAAGUCCCCGGGCAGCUCAGCUGGGAGAAUGACCACUAUUUCCUGAGGAAAAGUGGACUGUCCUCCGGCCUAGUGAAUGCAGCUCUCUAUGGGCAGCUGUAUGAGAGGGAUUAGGGAAGUGUGAGCCUUGCACUUUCACAGGCCAGAGAUCACAAAGGCUGGAACCACCUCUGCCCGAAAGGCGGUGCCCAUUUCUGGGACACCAGAUCCCACCCUGGGAACUAAGGGAAGAAGUAGGAGAGACAGAUUCUCUCCAUGUCUCUUCCUCUUAAACAUGAAUUACUGAGACAUUUUCUGGCAUUUUCUACUCAUGUUUUUCUUUUUCAAGCCACAUCUUCCUCCAGCAUCUCUCUCAGUACAGAUUGAUUUUAACAGCUGGAACAAAAAUAAAUCCCAAUUUAUAUAUUACAAAAAAAAAAAAAAAUUCUGGUAACAUGUAUACAACCUAGAAGUUCCUAUUGU